UAUAUAUAAGAGAUCCACAAAGACGGUGUGUGGGGGCGACGGAUGUGGCAUCGCUGAUAUGGUGGUCGGAAAGAAGAGGAGAGGGAGGUGGGUGGCAGUUUCGGGGCAACAGAUGCAGCAUCACGAGGAAUUAAUUUCUCGACGCGUUGUCUUUGUCUUUUCCAGUCGCUGCCGCUGCUGUUUUGAUAUUGGAAUCUUUUCCCUGUCCUCGAGUCGCCCCGCAUUGGCUGGACCGCAAAGCUGCGGGGCCUUCUACUUUGCUGGGCAAGAACGGGAAAUGCGCAAGCUAUGAGUGUUGGAUGGACAAGCAGACGCAUCGCCACGAUUCUCGGAACACUCGCUGUUGAAGGAUUAUUUUUUGGAUGAGAUGGUGUUCAAAUGGUACUGAUUGAGAUGCAACACAACAGGGGAAAAAGAAAAAAGAAGUGCCAAAGAAUGCUUCAAAAGACUACUAAUGAUUUGAAAUUAAGACAGAAGUGAGGUUUACUGCACUUGCAUUACUAGCCUUAUCCUCCAUUUGAUGUUUAUGGCCCAUAUGUGAGAAGAUGCAGAAAGGUCUCACAAAACAAAAGCCUGGCGCAUACUGACUUGGCUCGUGGCCUGGGAGGACUCAAAAGCUUCCAUCAUCAAUCUACCACUUUGCGAGGACAUGUUUGGAUGAGCCAAACAAGGUAAGGAAAAGCAGGAUAAGAAUUAAGAGGAAUAGAACAACAAAAGAGAAGAAAAAGGAGCGGAAAAGGGCACAAUUUGAUGCAGGCACUGCAAAGAUGUUCUCUCCAAGACUUGAUCGAAGCGUGUUAUCCCCUCCAGGAGAAGUUGUUGCCAUUCUUGUUCUGAGGCCCAACGAAAUUAGGACAUUUCUUGAGCAAAGCGUGAAAAAUCCAAAGAGAAAUGUGAUCUUGAGUUGGCCUUCUCUGCAUUGGCGUGUCGUGGUUGGGUCCCACCUGCGUCCUCCGUCUGAUCAUGGUCCAACGGUUGACGAUGAAUCUCCAACGUGAUCGCUGCGAUCAAGAAACAUAACGAAUGGGGAACCUCAUGUCCCACAGAAGUCACGUUCUUUACGUGCUCUCCUCGCCUUUCUCUCUCUCUCUCUCUCUCUCUCUCCGUGACCGCAUCCGAAGGCUUUCCCGUGAAAAUGGUUGUGGCCCAAAACAGCAUUGACAUGGAGGAGGGAAGCUUGGAGAUUGGCAUGGAAUACAGGACUGUUUCUGGAGUGGCAGGUCCUCUUGUCAUCCUGGACAAAGUUAAGGGUCCUAAAUAUCAAGAAAUUGUUAAUAUACGUUUGGGAGAUGGGACAACUCGACGUGGUCAGGUCCUGGAAGUUGAUGGGGAAAAGGCUGUUGUUCAGGUAUUUGAGGGAACUUCUGGCAUUGACAAUAAAUAUACAACUGUUCAGUUCACAGGAGAGGUCCUCAAGACACCUGUGUCGCUGGAUAUGCUUGGACGAAUUUUUAACGGUUCAGGAAAACCUAUUGACAAUGGCCCACCUAUAUUACCUGAGGCAUACUUGGAUAUCUCUGGAAGUUCCAUCAAUCCUAGUGAGAGAACAUAUCCUGAAGAAAUGAUUCAAACAGGGAUUUCUACAAUAGAUGUGAUGAACUCCAUUGCUCGUGGUCAAAAAAUCCCUCUUUUCUCUGCUGCUGGGCUUCCACAUAAUGAAAUUGCUGCUCAGAUUUGUCGUCAGGCUGGUCUUGUGAAGAGGCUGGAAAAAUCUGAUAAUCUCUUGGAGGAUGGUGAAGAGGACAAUUUUGCUAUAGUGUUUGCAGCAAUGGGAGUCAACAUGGAAACAGCACAGUUUUUCAAGCGUGAUUUUGAAGAAAAUGGUUCAAUGGAGAGAGUGACACUUUUCCUAAAUCUGGCAAAUGACCCAACAAUUGAACGAAUUAUUACGCCUCGAAUCGCUCUCACGACUGCAGAAUAUCUAGCUUAUGAAUGUGGCAAGCAUGUUCUUGUCAUCCUGACUGACAUGAGCUCGUAUGCUGAUGCGCUUCGUGAGGUGUCUGCUGCUCGAGAGGAGGUGCCAGGUCGACGUGGUUAUCCAGGCUAUAUGUAUACCGAUCUCGCAACAAUAUAUGAACGUGCUGGUCGUAUAGAAGGAAGAAAGGGCUCUAUCACACAGAUACCGAUCUUAACUAUGCCAAAUGAUGACAUUACGCAUCCCACUCCAGAUCUUACAGGCUAUAUCACCGAGGGCCAAAUCUAUAUUGACAGGCAACUUCACAAUCGACAGAUUUAUCCACCUAUCAAUGUGCUGCCAUCUCUCUCACGGUUGAUGAAGAGUGCCAUUGGGGAGGGUAUGACUCGUCGUGAUCAUGCUGAUGUGUCUAACCAGUUGUAUGCCAAUUAUGCAAUUGGGAAGGACGUUCAAGCAAUGAAAGCAGUUGUCGGAGAGGAAGCACUCUCGUCUGAGGAUUUGCUGUACCUGGAGUUCCUAGACAAGUUUGAAAGGAAGUUUGUAACUCAAGGAGCGUAUGAUACCCGUAAUAUCUUCCAGUCGCUUGAUCUUGCCUGGACCAUGCUACGCAUCUUUCCCCGAGAGCUUCUCCACCGUAUACCUGCCAAGACUUUAGAUCAGUACUAUAGCCGCGAUGCUGCUCACUGAGAGAUGCAAAGAUGAUAGCUCACCAACGUAUACUUGCCACGACUUUAGAUCAGUUCUAUAUCCAUGAUGCUGCUCACUGAGAAGCAAAAGAUGCCUUUUUUCUUUUUUCUUCUUAAAAGUAUGGAGGAGGAGCCAAAGAUGAAUAAUAAGCCGCUUCUACCUUUUAUUAUCUUUUUGGCUUGUCUGAUAUCAAUAAUAAAAUAUCCAACUGCAAAUUAUUUUA